CGGGGCGGGGAGGGAGGGAGGGGGGAGGGGAAGGCGAGAGCGGGGCCAUGGCCGGUUACGUUCAGGCCGGAGACACAAGGGGGACGUUGUGAGGGUGGAAUCCGCCGGGCUGCGGGCUUGUGGAUCGCGGCGGCGGCGGACAUGAGUGAGGAAACCAGCUUCUUCUUGGCCCAGUGGCUCCAGGCAGCUGCUGCUUAUUCUCGUUAUGUCUAUGAGUAACGGCCCAGACGAUCAGUCCAUGAACCCCCAGCUACCACAAUAGUAACCGUCCAGCGUCCUCCUUCAUCCGUCUCAUAUCCAUUUAUAGAUACCACCAACAUAGGAUCUGACAGAGGUGGUAGAAGCAUGGCAAUAAAUCGAAAAGAAAUACUGCAUAGCAGCUGGAUAUUGGUGAAAGGGGCAAUCCGAUUUGCUUUUAUGGUCAUCAACAAUAUGGUUGCCAUUCCAUCCUAUGUUUUGUAUUUCAUAGCCCUUCAGCCAUUGAAAUUACUGGACCAUAAACUGUUCUGGCAUGUGGAAGGAUUAAUGUUCAAAUGGCUGCUGGCUAUGGUGUCAUCCUGGGGUUGGUCAGCAGGUUAUACAGUGGUUGAAUGGGGAGAUGAUGUAAAAGCUAUCACUGAAGAUGAAACAGUGGUCUUGGUGAAUCAUCAGGCUACAGGUGAUGUCUGCAUCCUCAUGAUGUGCCUGCAAGACAAAGGAACGGUAGUUUGCCACAUGAUGUGGCUAAUGGAAUAUAUUUUUAAGUUUACGAACUUCGGUAUUGUUUCUCUCAUCCAUGGGGACUUCUUCAUUAAGCAGGGUAAACCUCACCGCGACAAGCAGCUGAUUCUACUUCGACAGCACUUAGAAAAACACUACAGGAGCCAGGGUCGGAAAUGGAUUGUAUUAUUUCCUGAAGGAGGGUUCCUGAGAAAGCGGCGAGAAACUAGCCAGUUAUUUGCAAAGAAAAAUAACUUGCCGUUUCUAAAACAUGUCACACUGCCCCGACAGGGGGCUACUGAAGUGAUCUUGCAAACCCUGUGUAUGCAGCAUGAAAAUGGAGCGAUCGGGGAUGCUAAUGGAGCAGUGGCCAAACACAAAGGUCUUCAGUGGGUUAUAGAUAUUACCAUCGCGUAUCAGAAAGCUAAGCCACUAGACAUUCAGACUUGGAUCAUUGGUUACAGAGAUCCAACAGUCACAAAUGUUCACUACAGGAUCUAUCCUAUUAAAGAUGUCCCUGUAGAGAGCGAGGCACUAACUAGAUGGCUCUACCAACGAUUUGUAGAAAAAGAGGAACUCCUGGCACACUUUUAUGAAACAGGAGCAUUCCCACCUACCAAAGGUCAAACUACAGCAACUUCCAGACCGAUGAUUCUUGACUCAGUAUGGCUCUUCGUGGUGCAAAUAAUUGGAUUUCUUUCUGGCUACAUGUGGUAUAAUGCUCUGCACUACUUGUAUCACUGCCUGGGGCUCUAGGAAUUAUGAGAACGAACAUUGAAUUAGGAUAUGAACUCCAGUGUUUGUGUCGGUAUCCAUCGGUGAAUACAAAUGUUUCUUGAACGAUGAUAUAAGGAGAAGAAUGGAUUCAUUGCCUGUCAUUUUCAUUGAGAGCUUUAGACUCAAAUCUAAACUAUAAGUUCAGAUCAUCAAGUCUACGACCUGCUGUUAAGGGUUCUGACAUGUUUACGUGGUCGUUAAGCAUCCACACUGUUUAAUUAUGCUGCUUAUCUACAGAUGGCCUCCUCAGGAGGAGAAAUGCUGGAGAAUACGUCAGAUUAUUGCAGUAAACGCACUCCAUUCGCCAUUGCUUCGGGUGGCAAGGUUGCCCAGAGAUGAAUCUCCAUUGAAGAAGCCCACAUCUACCUUUUCCUGGUUAAAAUUAUAUCGAAAAGCACUGGGGGAAAAAACUUGUCAGAGCUGCCACAAUUUUAUGUGCCGUUGGUGGGGAACAUUGUUUGUUUCUCUUAGCAGUUAUUCAAUACAUUUUGUUUUGUGAUUCAUUAAAAGGCCGUGUUUAAAGCAUGGUCUAAAGCAUCUAAAAUUCUAGUGAUUGCAGGUCAUUAAUUGUUGAUGACAUUUAUAUAGUUACUGGUAAAAUAGUUAUGAAAGCAGAAAUAACAUGUUUCAUUCUAGUUCUAGUAUGUACAAUGCAGUACUUCUGAGUAUAGUUUAAUUUAAUUGACCAAAUACAACAAUGCAGCCAAUCAUGUAGUAUUUUGCACUCCGUAAGAAGUUGCUGGUUGUAGUUAGUAAAGAACGAUUACAACAGUGAUGUUACAUAAUAGCCAGGCUGUCACAUAGCACUGAAUGUAUGUUAUGAAGGACUUGACAUAAUGGACUAGAAACUGCAAAAAAAGUAAGUUUACAAGCUAGUUGAAAGUACAGGUCAUCCGAAUUAACUUUUACUCUGCUCCUUUAUUAAACUCAGAGAUUCUGGCUGCAUCUUUCAUUGUAUACAUUCUACUGUUUGUUCAAAUUGUGUGGGUGUUACUGAUGGAUUGUCCGAUUUCAUGCAAAUCAUUUUUAAUCAUUAAUCUGAGCCUGAAGAGGUUAUCAGCAGGAAUAUUCGUAGGUUCUAAUUUGUUGUUUGGAAGUUAUGACUUGAUUUUCAAGAGAUGAGAUAAAAACAUAGUGUUCCGAUGUAUCCAAUUUGCUAUCAAAAUUUAAAUUAGUGGGCUUUUGACCAAGAAGUUCAGACAAGCAUUUUAUUGCCUCUCAGUGGAUUCUGCCACCAGUGAUGUGUUCCAUUGUACCAAAGGCAAUUCCGGUCAGAAAAAUAGCUUACCUUGGGAAAAGGGAAAUGUAUUACAAUGUGCUUGUAUGUUUGAGGUCUGAAGGUAGACACACUGGUUUAGUUAGGAUUUUUUGAGUAUGAUAGCGUGCGUGUUAGAUUAACAUAUUCCAUAUUUAAAAAUGUAAUUAUCUCAGAUAUCAUACUGGCAAAGGAAUUGAUAAUUGGCAUUUUUUUAAUGAAUUCCCAUUGGAAAUUAGGAAACACAAAUGCUUAAGGCGCCCCCUCCUGCCUAGGUUUUUAUUGUAAGGAGCCUGGGAGCUAUCAAUGCUCGUACAUUUCUGGGAACAUAUAUAGUGGACUGUUGAACUGUGGCUUGUUCCUAUUGCUAUCCAUGCUGGGUGUGUCACUAGGUCAGCAUGAGACAGUGCAGGCUGAAAGGCUGUGGAGCAGUUGGUGGUUCUCUUCACUUUUCAUUGACGAAAUUAGAAACCAUAGAGGCAAUAUUCAUCAAAUGAAAGAAAUGCCCUGUUUCAAGCCAGCAAAUGUCAAGAACUGUUUGGUAACUGGUUGGCAUGUGAAUUGUAAAUCAGUAUGGAUUAUGAAGCAAAAUAUGUAACUCGGAAUUUUGAACUGCUUUACUUUGGAACCAAAAAUUGAACAGGAUGGGAAUCAGAAUUAGCUAAUUAAGCAUGGUGUAGAAUAGUUUUUAAACAAAAGAGAAAUUAUAGAAUACGCACAGCAGGUGCUGAUCUGUUAAACUUUUUUAUUGAAAUGUAUAAAAUGACAAAAUGACGUAAUCAUUUCUCCCCGAUAUCCUCCUUAAACUCUAUAAGGAGACUAUUUUAACUUUAGUUCAAACAUGACAUAAACUAGUUGGCUCUAGGUUACAUUUAAACACGGAAAAACAACAUUGAACUGAAAUGUGGGUCGCAGUGUAAGGGCCGCACUUUAGUUCUUUUCUUCAGUUUCAGUGUUAAUUGUUGUUCCUUGAACUAUUCUGAAUUUUUUUUCCUUUCAAUCAGAUGCACAUUCUCAAUUGUAAAGGUGCAUAGGAGUCGACAGAUAAUGGAAUUAAAAUGUUGCUGAGACCUACAGGUAUCACUGUACUUUUAAUCUUGUAAUUUUGGGAACAUCAACACCAGUGUUAAGAUCAUGUUAGUGAGUCUAACUUGCUGAACAAUUUUCUUUAUAUAUGGGCUAUUGUAUAUAUGGUGUGAGAUCUAUCACAUUCUGGUAUUUUUGAACUGUUCUCAAAUAUCAAGUUUCCUGUUUUAAUAAAUAGAAGAAUAGUUUAAAUUUGUUUCUUUAAUACAUCCAUAAUGUCCCAACCGGUGGUAUCUAUAGAUUUUUGUUUUGAAGCAAACUUAACCAUCUUUGCCAUUACUUAAAAUUGACAAGGGAAAUCUUUAAUGGAAUUGCACCAGAUACAAUCAUAGUUUGAUGCUGUUUCUCAGCAGCAAGGCUGCAUUAAAAGUAAAUGGUACAGGUAACUUGGAUGGCAGUAAUUGCUAAAGGAUGCGGAAACCAGUCUGACGCCUCCUACAUCAAUCUUGAAUGUACCUUCUCACUCUAGUUUUUGGUGCAAGGUAUCACGCCACUUGCCCAUGAAUCAUUCAGUUCACUUCAUCCUACACAUUUACAGUCAUCCAAUGUUAGGUUUUGUAGACACGAGUCUGACUUAAAAACACUCAAACGUAAGCGGAAUAGAUUUUGUUCUCACCCCUAAUGUAAAACAAUAAAUACUAAAAAUAAGUCAGGCAGCAUCCAUGGAGAGAGGAAUGAGGUUAAAAUUUCAGUUCAAUUACCUUUCAGAGUACCCCUUUAGUUUUUUUGCCCAAAACUAAUCCUGAAAUGGAAAUAAGCCAAAAGAAAUCCAUACCUUAUUCUAUAAAAAGAUAAAACUCUGGGGGUUGGAGCUUAUCUUUGUCUCAACUGCAUGGUUUGCCGACCUGAGCAGGUUUACAUACACUCCAGCAGUGUUUAGAUCCCUCUUCAUGCCUAGUUUCCAGGUGCCUUGAAACUGAUCCACAUGCUGUCUCUCCCCACCACUUGUAUGUGUGGAAGACUAUCUCCAAAUCAAUUCACAUUUGGCAAUCAAUAAUCUGGCAUUGGCAACCAAAAAAAAAUGGUAUAAAAUGCCAGCAACUGGCAGCUGUUAAAUAAACCAAUCAGUAUGGUAGUAGUCGUACAGAAAAGAAAGUAAUUAAAAAAAGAUGCUGCUUUUUCUUUUGUUGAAACUACUGCCCAGAUAAAUGUUGAAUAUUGGCUUCUACAUUUCACAGAUAAUUCAUCAUCCUCUAAUUCACGGGUUUUCUUAUUUGGCCUGGGUUUUAAUAAGAACGGGAAUGUGCAGCAAAAUAUGAUUAGAAGGCAAAGAUUAAUUUAACAAGAUGAGCAAGUUAAUGUUUAAUUUUGUGGAAAGGCUGCAAGAAAACAAAAGUCUUGUAUCUGAUGUUGAGUUUGUCUAAUAUGUUAUUUAUAAAAGUGCUUUUUAUUUCAAUAUUUGACUUUGCAGAGCAACAAUGAUAUCCUAUCACUGUAUUUAUACUCUCAGCAGAGAUUUUGUUCUCUUGAGGUUGUUAGAAUGGUAAUUUAAUUCUCUCCCCGCAACCCUGCCCACACCCUACUACAACCCUUUCCCAAACUAACUCCUGGUUGCCUGCUGAAAUAAUGCUUCUAGUUCAUGGUAGCUUGAAACAUUUGAACUUCUGGAUGUUAAUCUCUUAAAGAAGCUAAAAAAUGAUCUGCAGGCCCACAAUCAUGGAUAAAUGGCAUGCAGCAAUUCAAUGGAGAGCUUUCAAAGCCUCAGUAGGAAAUAUUUCUUCAGGGGGGCUUGCCAAAUCUUGAUCUGUUUUCCAAGCAAUAUAAUGGGGGAAUUUGUAUAAGAGUUAAUGCUACAAGCCUGAAGCGUAUGAAUUCUAAAUAUUACUCUUUAAUUUUUAUAAGCUCUGCAUAAAGGUAGUUGACCGCUCCAUUCUCAUUUUCCCCCUACCAUUUUGUCAUAAAGUAUGCUAUUUACGUUUUUAAUCUCACAACAUGAAUUUGACAAUAGUCUUCAACCAGGUUAUUGUCAUUGUCAAACUGCAAAAAUUCUUGAUAAUCUUUGUACUUAAUUGUGUUCACUGUUUUACAACUAUUGUAUAUUAAAACAUGCACAGAAGGGAUAUUAAUAAAAUAAUGCAUUAAAAAAA